GUGAAGUGAGCAGAACAUUGUAAGCCCACCUCGCACCGCCAGUAUCUAUCCCAGCGGAGAAACGCAAACGGCAGCAAGAGCCUCGAAUCGAUUCAGCAAGCAAACAACCAAAACACACACACCCAACACACCCACACGCACACCCGCACCAUGAACGGUAUUCCGCUGUCCGCAGAGGAGCUGCAGAGCAUUCGCGAGUCGACCGCGCUGACGGACGCGCAAAUCCACCGACUGUACAAGCGCUUCGCCAAGCUGAACAAGGACAGGUCUGGCGAGAUCACGCGGGAGGAGUUCAACUCGAUUCCCGCGCUCGCCUCGAAUCCGCUGGUGGACCGCGUGCUGGCGGUCAUGGACACCGACGGCGACUCCACCGUCGACUUCGGCGAGUUUGUGCGCGCCCUCUCCGUAUUGUCGUCCGCUACGUCGAAGGAGGACAAGCUGCGCUUCACCUUCAAGAUGUACGACAUCGACGGUGACGGACGCAUCAGCAACAAGGACCUCUUCCAGACCCUGAGCAUCAUGGUCGGGGUGAACCUCUCACAGAUGCAGCUGCAGCAAAUUGUGGAUAAGACCUUCAUUGAGGCAGACGUGGACCGCGAUGGCUACAUUACUUUUGAAGAUUUCUCGGCGCUGGCAGUGAACAGCGACUUCGGUGAUCGGCUGAACCUCCACUUCUAA